GCCUGGUCACUCUUCGUUUUCUUCUUUUUUUCUUAUGUUUUGCGCAUUUUAUUUUGCCGCCAAUAUAAAAUGAACGUGUCUACUGCGUCCUUAAAUAAUUCCUUUCAAGAAGAGGACGAAAUGCGCCUUGGCUAAACCAUGAACACAUUAAGACCUUCCUGGGAAAUCGUCAUAAAGCACCUGUUUCCCUAUGCAAAUACCACUGACGCCAAACAGUUAAUGGAUCGCUUUCUGGUCACCUUAUCGGGGAAGUUCGAGCUGAUGGAGAAUCUCCUAGAUCUGUUUACCCUGUCUAUUAUGAUGAUGACGUACCAAAGGGACAACUUACUGCUGAUGAAGGAGCGUUUUAUGCUUGUGGAUGUGGUCUGCCAUUUGGCGGACUCACUGGAUCGGAAGAGGUAGAAUCCAUAUAGAACCCAUGUCAAACUAUAUAUCACCUUAUAUGUAUCUCCUCAGAUGAACUACAUGGCCACUGGUUUAUACGCCAACUUGGUGACCGGCGUGGGAUUGGAGCGCUUGGAGAGGGUCCUGGACAUGCACACCGCCAUUCCAGCCUUGGUGGAGUCCUGCAGCCUAGGCAACAAUAUUGCCGUGGCUCUACUGCUCACCAUCAUGGCUCAGUACACGAGAGUACCAGUUCAAUUGGAUAAAAAGGAAUAUGCCCGCAAGGCUUUUGAAAUGGCCAAACUAAUCAACUGGCAGCAAUUGGCUGACAGUGGACGCCAGGCGGAUAUGUUUAUGCUAGUCCGGACGUUCAGCCUGAUCAUCAAUUGUCGCCGGAUACGAGAGGAGUGUCUGGACUGGACGAAUAAUCUGGGCGCCGAGAUACACAAAUAUUUCCUCCAAGUGCGCAAGGCAUUCGAUCAUACGGCCGCCUUUGGCUCCUUCGAAAUGAUGAUUGAGCGUUUCAUUGCUUACUGCGUGGUCCGCGGAGCCACAACAACACCUCAACUAUGCAACUACAACAUUUCGGAGCUCACGAAUUCAGAGUCUCAAAAGAUGUUUGAUGAAGUGUGAUAUAGACUUCUAUAUUAGUUAGUAACGUUAUACUUUUAAGAGCAUGAAGAUUUUAUGUCUACAUACAGCUGAGAUCAAAAAUGAAGACCAAACUUUUAACUUGUUAAGUAGUGAA